GAGGAAGAAGCAGCGGCGGAAUAAACAACAAAAGCGCUAAGCAGCGGCAAACAUGGCGAGAAUGAGAGCCUAUAGAGAAGCCGCGUGGAGCGAGCACGGAGAUGAGGACCAUGAAGAAAUGGAGGAGAACGAGGAGUCCACCAUGGUGCGAUCGUGCCUCGAUCGUGUGGUGGCGGAUCUGUGCUGGGCCAACUACGAUAUUGCCCUGCAGCGUAUCAGCGAGUCGCUGUCCGGGACUACGGGUCGCGGACUAAUCGGAGCCCUGUUGGAGAUCAAAAACAUUGUGAUUCGAGUGCGCAUUAAUGCCGAUGGGGGACAGAGCUUUGGGCCCACCAACCAGUCAGCGGCACUGCCGCACGCCUUCACCGCCGAAAUGCUGGACGUUGUACAGAAAGUGCUGCGUUGCAGCAACCACUACGAGGUGUUGCGCCUCUCGCAGAAUGACACUUACUCCGAGGCCAAGCGCUCCUACAAGCGACUGGCACUGCGCCUGCAUCCCGACAAGAACCGCGCGCCAGGCGCCGAGAUGGCCUUUCGCCGCAUCAGCGAGGCUGUCGACUGCCUGACGGAUCACAAUAGGCGGCUGGAGUACACUCAGGACUUGUCCAUGGGUGACUCGAUGUACGACGAGUGGGAGUAUGCGGAGCAGGAGCAGCAGGAGGAAGAGGAGCUGGCGGCUGCACCGCGUCGCCCCUAUAUGGCGGCCAAUCAGCGCGUGCCACAGAGUCAGGUGUUCUUUCAGACGCAACAUCUGGCCGUUGGCAUGGUCUGCUCGCUGCUCUUUAUGUUCCUCGUCAUGCAUGUCCUCAGCACCGUGCCGGAGUACAGCUUCAGGCGGAGCAGCACCCACAGUGUGGCACGCUUCAGUCAUGCCCGAAAUAUUGCCUACUACAUGAGCCCCGAGAGUGCCGCCAAAUACACCGCGGAGCAGCGCGAGCAGCUGGAGCAGCAGAUCGAAAGCGUUUACAUUGAAGAGCUGAAACUGAACUGCCAGCAGGAGACCAGAUUGCGCGACACUCUGCUGCUGCGUGUGCUGCAGGCCGAUGUGCAAAAUAUGCGCCAACAUGCGGAGCACAUGCCAAUGCCAGCCUGCGAGGCGCUCCACAAGAUUGGACAGUCCAGCUUUAGGCCACUGCUGCAGUCCAGCCACACUAAGGAGAAGAAGGAGACAACUGCAGACAAGAAUUGAGUGACAUUUGAGGGGAUACUUGCACUCGUUUUUACU